AUGGAUGCUUCUCAACAGUUAGAAAGCUCGCCAUAUGCAUUCUAUGCAUUUUAUACUCUGUAUAGACAUUUUCAUCCAGCUCGACCACCAAUUUCUCUCAGACGCAUUCAGUCCACACUGUAUCCUGAUUUCAAAUUGAAAAGGUCUGAAGUUUCAUUGUUUAUAACAUGGCAAAAGAAGUCGAAACAUCAAAAUGAAUAUGUUUUAAGAGGUUGUAUUGGAACCUUUGCUAAGUUGCCGGUUUCGCUGGCCAUUGAAAGAUACUCCAUCAUUGCAGCAAUGGAAGACAGUAGAUUUUCCCCGAUCUCCCAAAAGGAAACUAAAUCAUUAAAUUGCUGCUGUAAUAUGCUUGCCAAUUUUGAGGCAAUAUAUGAUCAGGAUGACAAGGGUGAUAUCAUGAAUUGGGAAUUAGGAAAGCAUGGUAUUGAACUGAAAUUCUGGAAUGGAAAGAAGACAAAAAUUUUAAGUGCAACAUUUUUGCCUGAUGUAAUGACUGAGCAAGGAUGGGAUAAAGAAGAUACGUUCCUCAACUUAAUUGAGAAAGCUGGCUCUUGGUCAAAUGCUGUGGAUAUUCUUGCCAAUUAUGAAGAGUAUUUUAUUAGGGUAAUUAGAUAUGAAGGUAUUAAAAGUGCUAUAAAUUAUGAUGAAUUUGAAGAAAAGGUGGAACUUUUGCAAACUUGA